AAAGGUUUAUAGUAAAUAAAUGCGUUCUCAUUGACAUAGAAAACUUUGCGACUUGGUUAGAAUUGUAUCACAUUAUUGUGGAGAGAAACUGAACUUUAGGUUGUAAACUUGAUUUCUGUAAUAAUUUCACAAGUCAUUUGUAAUCGAAAGUUUCCGCACAUUUAUGUGAUUCAAAUAAAGAAUACACAAGUAAAUUAUCGAGCGGAUCAUAAACAAAUUCAUGGUUUUAAGAAAGGAAAGUAAUAAUAAUUUGAACUGUGGUGCUACAAGUAUGAAACAUCAACAAAUGAAUUUGAAUCAGUUGUUAGACGUGGUGAGUCCGGACUUAAACGGUGCUGUGGAGAAGUGUGAGGGACUCGAGUCUAAGUGUGCUGUCAAGCUUGAGGAGAAGGAACUAUGGUCAAAGUUCAAGGAAUAUACCAACGAGAUGAUCGUCACCAAGAAUGGCAGACGCAUGUUUCCUGUGUUCAAGACAAGCAUCAGUGGACUAGAUCCCAACUCCAUGUACACGAUCCUACUGGACUUUGUGCAAGUCGAGAACCACCGCUGGAAAUACGUAAACGGUGAAUGGGUAGCUGGCGGCAAGGCUGAACCAUCCGUACCAAACUGUGUCUAUGUCCACCCAGACUCGCCAAACUUUGGCUCCCACUGGAUGAAGGAGUCCAUCUCAUUCAGUAAAGUGAAACUGACCAACAAGCUUAAUGGAGGCGGACAGAUUAUGCUGAACUCUCUACACAAGUACGAGCCUCGUCUACACGUUGUCAAGGUAACAGCUAACGCCCAGAAGAAGCGAAUCAGCAGCUUCAACUUCCCAGAGACCCAGUUCAUCGCUGUCACCGCAUACCAGAACGAGGAGAUCACUGCCUUGAAAAUCAAACACAAUCCCUUUGCAAAAGCUUUCUUGGAUGCAAAAGAAAGACCAGAACAGAGAGACUAUCUGGAAGAAAGUUUAGACAACCAGCAGAGGUCUUUCUCACACUUGACAGGAACUUGGUACCUACCGCCAGGCGGAGCCCUAGUACCCCCACCAGCCCACCAGUUUCCAAAUGCUCUGAAUCUGUCCAAUCCUCAUUGUGACAGACUCAGCUUCCGGAAUUCCAGGCAUGCGCCGUACUCACAUCCGUAUCAGAGACGAUCACCUCCUAGUAGCCUUUCCCGAGACAUGACGCCAAAUCUUCCAGUUCUUAACAUUGGUGACAACUGGUCGCAGUUUUCAACGACUGCCGGUAUGCUGAACGGGAAUCCCGUCGCUUCACAGUCUCAGUAUGGCAUGUGGAUGGGAACAGCCAUGUCCGGAAACAUUUCACCCAAUCAGAGCUGUUCCAUGCCGUACCUCCGGAACGCCGGAUAUUCAAUCCCAUCAUCCACUAGUCCUACAAGUGUGUCUUCCGUUUCCGGUAGCAUGCUUUCCUCACACGCGACAUAUGACCAGUGUGACAUUUCAAACUUUGUUCCAACACCAAGUAGAGACAUUUCAAGAAACAGCAAUUGGAGUCCACUCACCCCACCACCUAUAUGAGUUGUGUCUUCUGUAAAUAGCAGUCUGUGAUAAGUAAAGGACUACCCAAGCUAUGGGUAUCCAGAGGUUGGUACACUCUCUGGCCGCCACAUACGAGUGCAAAAGGAACCUUUGUUGCCAACGUAAAGUUGUUCUAUGACAAACACACUACUCAGAGUUGGUCAUGUGACUGACUUUAUUGAUUAUGGUGCAUGACCCUAGGUCAUAAAAUUGAGAAAGCAUGUAUUUUCUGGAUAAAGUAUCAAAACAUGGCAUCUGAGAAUGGCAAUAUGGAUUUAGCCAUAAGGCAGGGGUUUGGUAAUGUUGUUUUUCAAAUUCGUAUGUGCUAGUUAAAUAGAUAAGACUAAAAUGCAUAUGUUUAUUUUGGAAUAGAGUUGAUGCGACUCUUUCCGUUCCAAUGGCUAAAGUAUGAUUGUGGAUAUAUGAAUAGAAAUGAAUGUGUAAUAUAAAUGGAUAAAUGUGAAAUUGUGUCAUAAAUGUGACCGAUACGACUGUUACAUUAUUACAACUGUAUAUGAGUUUUAACAUGUGAACAUUUCUCUAAUUAGUGUACAGUUUUGUAAUUAACUUGUAUUAAUGUAUAUAAAAAUCAAGAACUGUUGAAUAUUAUAAUA